CAGCUACAUUCCCUUUCUAUCCUUUGUUUCGGCAUUAUCAAAUUGGCUUUCACUAUGCGUUGGAGCCUCGCCGUCAUCGCUGUCGCUUCGCAACUGCUUAGCCCCUUCGCAAACGUUGAAGCCAGGCUCAUACCCCAUAGAUCCAUCACUGCCGGUGUGAAAAGCUCCCAAGCUUCAAACGUCGUUGCUGCUGAGUUUGACCAGCUGAUUGACCACUCUAACCCAUCUUUGGGUACCUUCAAGCAGAGAUACUGGUUCAACUCGGACUUCUACGGCGACCCGGGUUCCCCUAUCAUCUUGGAGUCACCUGGCGAGUCCACUGUCAACCCCAAAUGGAUUGAUCCCACUGAAAGCUCCAUUACUGGCCUCUACGCAUCCAAGGUUAACGGCGCUACUGUGACUCUUGAACACCGUUACUUUGGAGAAAGCCAACCCUUCGGGUCCAACUCGAGCACAACCGCUCUACAGCACCAUACACUGAACAAUGCCAUCCAGGAUCUCAUUUAUUUUGCCAACAACGUCGAAUUCCCAUUUGCUCCCAACAACUCUUCCAAGCCACAAAAUGCCCCCUGGGUCCUUGUAGGCUGCUCCUACUCGGGUGCUCUUGCUGCUUGGGUUAAUGUUUUGGCUCCCGGCACUUUCUGGGCUUACCAUUGCGGUAGCGCUGUCGUCGAAACUAUGUCCGAUUUCUGGCUUUACUUUGAGCCUGUCAAAGCUGCCCUACCAAAGAACUGUACUACUGACUAUAAACGCAUUGUUGAUCAUGUCAAUGUCGUCCUGGCUAAUGGCACUGACACGGAGAAGGCAGCCCUCAAAACUCGAUUCAACUCUCUCAAUAGCACUGAUGCCCAGUUUGGCGAAUUCAUGACAGGAUGGUUCGGCAAUUGGCAGAAACAGCAGCUAUGGGAUGGGUAUACUAAGCCGUUCCAGACAUGUGACUACAUCGAGAACCGUCACCCGGGUAGCACUUUCGCGCAACCUGGAGCGGAUGGUGUAGGCCUUAAGAUGGCUCUCGAUGGCUUCGAACGCGCAGUAAAGUCUUCUUGGUUCCCAGAUGAUGAAUUCUUCAGUCCUGCCGAUGGCAGGUCUUGGGACUGGCUUCUUUGCAACGAGCCCUUUGGCUGGUGGCAGGCAUACGCCAAAGAGGACACUACUGGCCUUAUCCCCAAGGCCUUUACCACAGCUGAAAGUAUCAGUGAGAGCUGUGCCUCAAUGUUCCCGGACGAAAACGGCUUCUCGUAUGGUCUCAAGCUUGGUCGCACUGAAGACCAAGUCAAUCAAAAGACGGGCGGUUGGAACCAUGUCAAUACUAAGCGUCUCAUGUGGAUCAACGGUGAGUUUGAUCCAUGGAGGCCUGCCACCGUCUCUUCCGUGUAUCGCCCUGGAGGUCCCCUGGAAAGUACCAAAGAUGCCCCUGUCUAUCUCAUCCCGGGCGCUGCUCACUGUAACGACUUCUACCCAGCCAAUGGGAACUACAAUGCUGUCGCCAGGAAAAUCUUUGAUGACAUGGUUCAGAAUGUCGUUACUUGGGUUAACGAGUUCUAUUUCCAGUAGAGCGGGAGCGCUUCUGUUUCCCAUGCCUAAGGAGCUAACCUAUAGUACCUUGGCAACAAGCAUAGGGUACAAUCUCAUGUGUUGGAUAAAAGUCUGUCAGUUAUAAGCCUUUUUAGCAUAGGAAGCGAGCUACAUAUUAGUGUCUAUUUUAUCUAUUAUUUUUAGUAGAAACCUGCCAAAAUAUAAAUUAUAUAAUUCUAUUG